ACAGUACAGAAGAAAAUAUAUCGAGUGAUGACAAUACCGCCGAUUUCCACAGUGAAAAGCGUUUCAGUCAUGAUGUUGAUAAUUCCAGCCAUCAGUGCCCAUACUGCUCUGAGGUACUUACAUCCGACAGUUCCUUUCAAAUACAUUUAAAAACCAAUCACGACUUUGAUUUUGAACAAAGUAGAAGCGAAAAAGAAAAUGUCUUCAAAAAUUUAACCCAAAUCCCCUUGAAUUUGUCAAAUAAUUACAUUAAUAAGUCUACUUCAGAUAAUAAUUUGCUAGAAAAUGUGUACAAUCAGUGGAAUACUGAGGCAAACGAUGCCUGUGAGGGUUUCCUCGAUGUGACUAAUGAGCCAGUGAAAAAUACACCGUCAGGUUUUACAGAAUCUUUCAAUGAUUGUAGAAUGUUAUUGCCGGGAUACCUACCUUUAACAGCUCCAUUAAUCUUCCCAACGAUGCCACCUGCGGCCUCAAAUCAGACCCCCGAACAAAAAUCAGUUCAGUGUAGCAUGUCUUUGCCAGUUCGUGUGUUUAACCCUGAGGCAUUUUGUCAACUAUGCAACAAAGAAUUUUGUAACAAAUAUUUUCUGAAGACACACAAAGCAAACAAGCAUGGUAUCUAUGUGGAAAAUCCUCACCCGUCACUCAGUAACUUGAUUUCUGUACAGACUGUGCCUUUCGUUAAUGCAUCUUUUGACCAGUUGCAGCAACAAAAUGUGGUAAGAAACUCACCAGAGAAUUUCUCAAAGUCUCUCUCAGCAACACAGUCUAAUGAAGAGUACACUGUUUCGCAGCCCAUGGGUAACAGUUCUAACAAAGCAUUUUGCGAUAUAUGCAAAAGAAAGUUUUGUAACAGGUAUUUCCUAAAAAGACAUAGAGCUAAAAUUCAUGGAAUUGUAGAUGAUCUUUACACUUCCACUAGCUCAUAUAUAGGUCACCCUGAGUAUGUACACAAACAAAAUUGCGAUGAAAAAGGAAACUCGAUAGAGUGCUGUAACAUCAGACCAAGUUCUCUAGAACAAAAUAUUAGGACGCUCGGUGAAAGCAAGGAAGUAGAUGUAGAAAAUUUUCGGAACGAAACUGAGAAGUCACGUGAUAGUGUUUACGAUGAUAAACUUACAGGUAAUAACCCUGAAGAUGGAAAGGAAUAUGAAAAAUUAAACUUGGAAGAUGAACACCAGUUUGGGAAAGACAUAAGACAGCCCUCGGAGAAUUUUGACAACCUUAACAGCACAAACUCUUCGGAAAAAACAUCUUCGAAUUCUUCCCCAGGCAAAACGAAGGAUGCAUCGUUUUCUGUUGAAAAACUUAAACAGCUAGGUGUGAUAAACGCAGAUGCAUUUUGUGAAAUAUGCUGUAAAGAGUACUGCAACAAGUAUUUUCUUAGAACACAUAAAAUGAAACGCCAUGGGAUAACUUACCCAGAUGGAGAAUGGCAAGGUAAAGAUGAAAAACUUAACGAAAAUGGAAAUGGAUCUUGUAUCCAUGCACAAACAAGUCCUCUUAAUUUAAUAAUAGGGGAGCAUGGAAAUAAUAGUUCAGAUUCUGGAGAAAGAGUUCACUCAGAUAGUGAGGACAUUGAAUGUAAUAUCUGCAGACGUAAAUUUCAAAGCUUGUAUCUAAUGCACAUGCAUCAGGCAUAUUUGCAUGCAGUUGAGAUAGAAGAAAAAGCAGUAGGUUGCACAAAAGAAAGUACCGAAGAAAAUGUAUAUGACAAUGCAAGUAAUGAAAUUUCUGUUACAGCCAAUGAAAAAUCACCUACGAAAAUUGGUAUUAAGGUCAAUGAUGAAACAAGCGAAAACUAUGACUCUAACGAUGAUCUGCAAAAGUUGAAGACUAUGAUCAUGCAACUAAAUGAUCUUAGUGUAAGCAAGGUGACAGUGUGCACAGUCUGCAGUCAGGAUAUGCAGUCACCAAAUAACCUUAAAUCUCACAUGAUUUCAGAGCAUAGUAUUUGCUUUGAGGAGAACGCGGGAGUUUUAGAUGGAACUCGUUCGACAUUAAAUUCUCUCUUUACUAGUUCAAACCGUGAGGGGGAAAAGAAGUGUUCUCUUUGCGAAAAGGAGUUUAUAAGCGAUGCCAUUUUGAAACAACAUAUCGUGGAGUUCCAUAGACACAACUCACCACAAAUUUCAUCUUCAAAUUUGGGCAUCGAUCCGGAUGUUAUUAAAAUUGAAAUGGACUUUUCUGAAAAAAGCCAGUAUCAUUCGGGAGCAUCUACAAGCUCAGAGAAAAAGCCAACGCUCGCCCCUACAAACAGUUAUUGCGAAAUUUGCAACAAAGAAUUAUGUAACAAAUACUUUAUGAAAACGCACAUGCAAAGAAUGCAUGGAAUAGAAAUUGAAAAUGGUGCACAAAUAGGAGGUGUUAUUUGCGAUGUGUGCAACAAAGAGUUAUGUAGCAAGUACUUUUUAAGAGUGCAUAAGCAAAAUACACAUGGGAUUAUAGAAGAAGGUCCUAUCCCUCAGCAAAAUCGCGAUGGUUCUAUCGUAGCUGGAGUCUCAAGUUCACAUAAUGAAAAUGACAAUGCACUGAAACCACUGGAGUUGGGUGACUUAUCUCACCGAUACUUCACUCACUUCACCGAGGUUUGUCCGCUCUGCAGCCGGCGGUUCAGGAGUACGAAAUGGCUGAAAGCACAUUUGUUUAAUGAUCAUGGUGAGUCGGGUGCAGAGAAAUGGAAAGAUUUAGAAAAUAAACCGUGGAUGGAUACUACAAAUGUCCUCCAAGAUGUGAAGAAGAAGCUGGAAGAUGCUGUUAGAAAGUCUAAGAUCCCUGCCUCAUACGCCGUCCCUCAGUCCCAGCCUCCAUAUGUCGAAGGAUUUCUGAUGCAACCAUUCCUGUUAGAGGAGCCAGAUCAGAAGUUUGUCCCCUCUCUCGUGUUCCUACCUGUGAAGGAGAAAAUGUCCGAGCCCUUGACUGUGUCAUUCAUGCUCACACCUGCUUAG